GUCGAACAUUAGCCGGGAAAAACGGACAGGGAAGCGGAUGUAACUUCACGCAGCAGUGUCCCGAGUUUACAGAGCGUUUACAGGGAGCUCGCGGCGAUAGACACUUUAACUAACCAUAACCCCUAACUAACUCCAACUCUAACCCUAACAAACCCUAACCCUAACCCUAACUCUAACCCCAACCCUAACUCUAACCCCUAACCCCUAACCCUAACUAAACCCAGUGUUGCCGCUUACUGCCACCUAACCCAACAUCUAUCCAAACACUUUAGCAGAUUAUCAUAUAAUGCGUAGUGGUAAAACAACUGGAGAACAUUUAACUAGGGCUGUCUCAUUUACCUUGCACGAGAUUUUGGGAAAUAAUGCUGUUAAUCUGGCUAGCUAUCCUUAAAUUAAAAAUGUCGAGAUUCAGAUACACAGACUUGGCCCUUGACGUUCCGUGUUCAUCUGGAAACUAGAAUUAGGAAUAACUGCAGGUGUCAAGAAGAGCUGGAUUAUCAAUCAAUAUUGUAUCGCUAAAAUCGCCAAAAUAAUUUAAAACUCAAAUUCACAUGAAAGGCAUAAGAGUUUACUAAUAAUAUGUAAUAAUACACAGGUCUGUGUAGAUACCAGGCCAAGGUAAGGACCUAUAUUGACGUGGAGCUAGAUAUCCAGUUCAAUUAUGAUUCUGAUUUUUAACUGGAAACAACAGCGUUCUUCCACCACCACCACCUUUAGCUCUGGGUGCAUUAACCAGCAGGCUAACCUAAUUCUAACAGUCACUGAAGUUUGCUAAAAGUCAUGCAGAAUACAAAGAAAGGAUGUUAUGUGAGUAGGUGAAUGAGAGUGUAGCAAGUGUGGAAGUAGCAACAUUACCUGGAGGCCAGAUGCUGCAGGAGCAGAGAGUCAUCCAGACUACACAGCCCUCUGUCAUUCAGUCACUUCAGAUACAGACAAUACAGUCUGCUGCAGCCGAGGCUGAGCGGGCAGAUGUUUCAGACACACAGAAGAGGAGAGAACUUCUCUUUAGACGCCCUUCCUACCGAAAGAUCUUAAAUGAGCUUUCGUCCGACACUCCUGCUGUGCCAAAGAUUGAGGAAGAAGAGAAGCUCGAGGGAGAUACACUUCCUUCUUCCAGCGUUUCCACGGUGACUGUGCCAUCAUCCAUCUAUCAGACCAGCUUGGGGCAAUACAUUGCUAUAACUCAGGGUGGAGCGAUCCAGAUUAGAGGUGCAGCAGCGGACAGUCUGCAGGGGAUUCAGGCUCUGACUCUGCCCAGUCCUGCGGUACCCCAGCCAGGAGCUUCCAUCCUACAGCACACCCCUCAGGCUGGAGACCCUGCACAGCAGCUGCUGCUGUCUGCUGGACAGGUGCUUGUUCAAGCUGCCACGGGAGACAUGCCUGCAUAUCAGAUCCGAUCCCCGUCGUCAGGGCUACCACAGGGGGUUGUCAUGGCAGCAUCGCCGGGGGCGAUACACAGUCCACAGCAGCAAGCAGAGGAGGCCACACGCAAGAGAGAGGUUCGCCUGAUGAAAAACCGUGAAGCUGCGCGAGAAUGCCGGCGGAAGAAGAAGGAAUAUGUGAAGUGUUUAGAAAACCGUGUUGCUGUGCUGGAAAACCAGAACAAAACUCUAAUAGAGGAACUGAAAGCCCUCAAAGACAUUUACUGCCACAAGCCUGAGUAACACGCACACACACACACACACACACACACACACACACACACACAAAGAUACAUGCUUUAAGACUGCAAUACA